AGUUUUAUUUUGAAAUUGUAAAUUGCAUAAACUAAUAUAUGUACAUAUUUUAAGUUUUAAAAAUUUUCAAAUAAAAAUGGGGGAUAAUAAAGUUAACAUAAUUAAAACAGGCAUUGGGAAAAAGUUGAUACUGGUAGAAUACCCGGGACUGGUUAAAAACGAUGAUAAAAUGAUAAAAACUUUAGGAGGACUUAAUAAAAUAUCUCGUGUUUUUAGUAACGAAAAGCGUCGUUUGGAGUUACGAUACCACCCUGAUAAUAUUUAUAAUAAACCGGCAAUGGGAGAUUCUACAACAGCAUCUGGUUUAUUUAUCAAAGUUAAAAUAAAACGACCAAAAGAUCCUAACCAAGGACCAAUGACUCAUACUGUUGAAAUUUUGGGAAAAUGUGCGAAAAAAUAUCAUUUCAAUUCUUUGUGUGAUUUCCAAUAUUUGCCUUUACAAAAGGAUCCACAGACAAAUAAAGUAUCCUAUAUAUAUGACGAUAUUGCUCCCAAAAACGACUGCGACAUUUUCUGUAAACCGGAGGCUCCUUUAUUUUGUACACCUUUCGUUUUCACUAAAAAUGAUACUGUUAACACAAAGAUUCAUAGGUCUGACAAAGAUCAAAAACAUAAUUUAGGAAACGAGGAUGUUAUUGGUAUAGCUAGAACUAGAACCGAGGGAUCUGAAUAUGUGUCAUUCAAUUUGAUAGAUCCUUUUCCUGAAAAGCCUAAUCCGUUCAUUGUUAAAAAAUUGCAAAUUAAAUAUAUUUCUGACGCUCAAUUUGAAAAAGUUAGACAAUUGUUUGCGGAAUGUCCCAUUUGGAAUAGAAUUGCGUUAAUAUAUGAGUCAGAAGUUUCAAAUGACAAAUUAAAAGUUAUACUUCCAUCAAUGGCAUAUUAUUUUACAACAGGGCCUUGGCGGACUAUGUAUGUGCGAUAUGGAUAUGAUCCGAGAAAAGAUUUUCAAAGUCGUCUUUAUCAAACUUUCGAUUUCCGCUACCGGUUUAAAACUGGCAUUGGCAGUUUAGUUAAAUCCCGUAGUGAAGCUAUUAGUGAAGUAAUGAAAGAAGACUGUUCAAAUUCAAAUGAUUCAUUAUCACAACCAAAGCAAAAUGUUUUUUAUCCGUAUUUUGAGGAAGGCCAGUUGCCUAGAUCAAGACAAUGCAUUUUUAGGUAUUGCGAUUUGCGUAUAGCAAAAGUUCAAGAAAUGUUGAAAAGGGUUCCAUCCCCAGCAAGUGGCGCCAUAUGUAACGAAAAAACUGGUUGGUUACCGUCUAAUUUCAAUGACGACUGUAGACAAAUUAUUUCUGACCAAAUUAUGGAACACAUCAAAAGUAUGAAACAAAAAGCCCAAAUUAUUAUUGAAGAUUUAAAUGAAAGUCGUGACGUAUCUGAAAAUGAAGAUUAUGAGGAAGAAGGUAUACAAGAAGAAUUUGAGAAUGAAGCAAGAACUGCGGAGGAUCAAAUGGAUGUCACUGACGAGUUAAAUUUGUUGUUGGAAACUUAAAUUUGAUAUGAAAAAUAGUAAAG